AUGUAAUAAAAAUUUAAAUCAAAAAUUUAAAAUAUAAUUAUUGAAUGUGAAUAACUUAAGAAUUCAAAUGCCAGUUUUAAUAAAGAGAUAUCAAAUCCAAUUACUAAAUAUCACAUGAGAUUUAAAAAUAUUAGAAAGCGAUCUUAAUCUGAAGAGACAAAGAAGUAAAAAGAGGAUAAAUAAUUGUAGUAUGAAAGAUGA